UUGCUUGAGGUGGUUUUUGACUUGUGCAGAAAAGAGCUAAUGCGAAUAAUGGGAGAUGGAAACGCAAUUGCCUAACAAAUUUUGACAUAGCGAACAUUAAACCCACGUGACUUCCACUGAUGGUGUUAGGUUUCCAAUACCACCGUCAUCCUCUCGAACAAUUUGAUGGACAAGCACCUAAUUCGCAUUUCUUUCUUUCUUUCUUUUUUUUUUUUCUUUUUUUUUUUGCGAACUUUGAAAAGAUCGCUUCAUGUCUGGAUGGAAACCCAAAUAUUGACGCUUGGUCAGGAACCCUCGGAAUCACUUUUUAACCCACAUUUUUUAACCACUCCAUUGCUUUCAGUUGUUUGCCUUAUACGUCAGAUCAAGACGCAUUUAAUUGUUUGCAUCUGUAAAAGUAGAAAUGAUUUUAUGAAUAUUGAUACCUUCAUAUGCUGGAACAACUAACUCUUUAUAUACCCACACCCAACAUGUCAUAAAGGCAAGCCAAGCGUCAAUAUGUGACUGUUGGGAGUGAGAACGUGUUGCACACACAUUUGCUUUUUUUUUUUUUUUUUUUGGUAAAACUGCAGACAGUGACAUUAGGUUUUAAUUUAAAUUAAAGUACUUAUUUAUAGUAGCUACUAGGAAAGGCCUACUGUAAAAAAAAAAAAAAAAAAAAAAAAAAAAAAAACAGUCCAUGGAUAAGAAUUAUGUAAUGAUGAUGAUGGGAAUAAAAAUAAGGUUGUCCCACACCGUGGAUGUCAUUAUUUUUUCGAUAAAACUGAUAAGUGUCACUCACUUAGGCCUAUCAGUUCUCACGAAAAGUCAGUUUGACAAGGAUGACCAGUCGUUGCUCUACCAGUUCACAUUUGUACACCCUCUUACACAAUCCUGACAAUCAGAUCUCGGUACACAGAGAGGCAAACAACGCUGGAUUCACAGAUGGACAGUUUUAUUUAAAGGCAAGAAACUGGUCUCAUGUUAGAGUGCAGAAGGGUGCCAGAGGAAUCACCUAAACCUCGAUCUAAACCAACCCAACAUCAGAGAAUAGAACCCCUUCAGCAUUCAAAAUGCGGUCUUGUAAACACAUGAAGAUCGUCUUCGUGGUUCUUUUGAGUGCUGUCAUCAGUUCUGUGACCAUACGUAAAGUUCCUUAUGAUCAGUUCAAACAUUUAAUGAACAAUAGCAUAGCGGAGCGGUUGUUUCAUGAAGAACCCUGUGCCUGUAUGGAGCGGUGUUUGGCUGCAAGUGACGACGAGUGGUUUACCGAACGCUUCAGACAAGAUGUCCCACCACUGCUCUCUCUCAAUAACAGCGUGCUUCCUGACAACAUCUAUACAUGGUGGCAGUCUCUACAGUCUAAGAGCAAAGCUAAUUAUUCUCAAGUGAUUCAGGAGCUGUUCUCUGUCAUUCCUGGAGAGGGACACUACAGAGACGCUGGUCCGUCUCGCUGCCGAACCUGUGCUGUGGUGGGGAACUCUGGGAACCUUGUAGGAUCAUUCUAUGGUCCUCUUAUAGACAGUCAUGAUUUUGUAAUGAGAAUGAAUAAGGGACCAGUUGAAGGUUAUGAGAGAGAUGUGGGAUCCAGGACGACCCACCGCAUCAUGUACCCAGAAAGUGCCACCCAUCUGGACAACACCACCCACCUGGUGCUGUUGCCCUUCAAAAUAUUGGAUAUCCAGUGGGUCACCAGUGCUCUAACUGACGGAACUGUUAAACGAACACGGUUUAAGGUUAUAGACAAGCUACAAGCCAACAAGGACAAAGUGAUGGUUAUUCACCCUGCCUUCAUGCAUUAUGUGCACACCAUGUGGCUGCACAUUAAGUCUCGAAGUUCUUAUCCAUCCACGGGUUUCCUUGUGCUGAUGUUCGCCCUGCACAUCUGUGAUGAGGUCAAUGUGUUUGGCUUUGGCGCAAACAGUAAAGGCACUUGGCACCACUAUUUCGAAAAAACUCCCAAGUUUUUCAAGCGCACUGGUAAACACAGUGGAGGGAUUGAGCACCAGACCAUCUUAGAACUUCAGGAAAGGCAGCUGAUCAGUGUAUACAGAGGGUGGUGAGAAGGAUGAGGAGAUUGAGUUGCAUGAUUAUUUAAUCAUAUAUACAUAUAUUGUAUACCGUUCAAAAAUGUUGGCUCAGUAAGAUUUUUUUUGUUAGUUUUUUUUUUUUUUUUUUUUUUAAAGAAAUUAAUACUUCUAAUAGGGUGCUCUGUAAUUAUCAAAAUUGACAGUAAAGACAUACAUUUUCUAUUUCCUUUUCUAUUCAUCAAAUAAUCCUGAAAAAAAAUACAGUUCCCACAAAAAUAUUAAGAAGCACAACUGUGUUCAGCAUUGAUAAUAAUAAGAAAGGCCUAUUAGAAUGAUUUCUGAAUGAUCAUGUGACACUGAAGACACUGAAUGCAGAAAUGUUAAACUCUGAAGCUGAGCUGUUAGACAACAUCUGUGCAAGACUUAAAGGGUUAGUUCACCAAAAAAUAAAAAUUCUGUCAUUAAUUACUCACCCUCGUGUCGUUCCACAUCUGUAAGACCUUCGUUCAUCUUCGGAACACAAAUGAAAAUAUUUUUGAUGAAGUCUGAGAGGUUUCUGUCCCUCCAUAGAGAUCCAUCGCAACUACCACCAGUAAGCUAAAAACUGGGUUAGGAGGGACAGAAACCUCUCGGAUUUCACCAAAAAGAUCUUAAUUUGUGUUCUGAAGAUGAACGAAGGUCUUAUACAGAUGUGGAACGACACAAUGAUGAGUAAUUUAAGGGUUAGUUCACGCAAAAAUGAAAAUUCUGUCAUUAAUUACUCACCCUCAUGUCGUUCCAAACCUCAACCUCAAAGGGGUCAUGAACUGCAUUGUUUUACUGUUUUAUAAUGUUUCCUGGGGUGCUCUUAUAAUGUUUGUCAUUUCGUCUGCUGAGUUCGUUGAGGUAAUGCUGGGUACACACCACAAGGUAAUCCGGCUGAUUGUGGGCCGAUUUCUCCCCUUUCGACAUUCCUAGGUAAUGUCCCUAUUAUCUUGAUGGUUCUACAGAUUGUCUUAUCAGAUUUUCCUGUUGUGUGAGGUGUGUUAUAAGUGACUGAAUCUGCUCGGAAGAACGUCGGAGGCGCCCCAAUCGUGAAUCAUAAAUAGUCAACAUGUUGAAAGCGAGCUGACAGAAGACAGAAGCAUAACAAACGCAGCACAAAUUUAAAUGGAUUUGGACAGCAGAGAUGGAGGAUCAGCUUGCCGAUUUGUGGCAAAAGCACGAGUGUUUAUACAACGUGUCCUGUAAAACAUACCAAAAUCAUUCCGAACACUAUCAACACAAUUUCUUCCUGCCUAUCGUCCGUUAUGUUUACUCUGAAGUUUCGAGAGAUUUUGAAAGAUUUUCCUUGUUCACAGUCAGGACUCUGGUUGAAAAUCUGUUCGUGUGUGUUGUGCUGUCUUUGUCACAUCACGGCACACCACACACUAUAGGAGCAAAACGGUUAAAUCUAGGAUUUUUUUUGUCCUCAUGUUUGUGAUCUCUCACAUUUUGAAAAUCUUAAAAGUUUUCAAAAAUCUUUUAGUGUGUACCCAGCAUAAUAUCUCCACGGGUGAAAACAUGAACACACUGGAUAGCCGCUUUAUGGUAUAAAAUGAAGUUGUGCUUCUGAUGAAAUGAGACACUGACACUGUUUUUCAUGUUAGAUACUGUAAAGCUGCUUGCUUUUAAGCAGUCUAUUAAAUAAAGUGCUAUAUAAAUAAA